AUGGGAGAAGCUAAAAUAUUAGUUGAGGUUGAGUUAGAUAAACCGUUCCCGAAACUCAUUGCACUUGAUGACAAGCAAGGCAAUAUCUAUUUGGUAGAUGUGGAGUAUUCUUGGAUUCCUAGUGCUUGUGGAAGAUGCGGAGCACUUGGCUACAAGGAGAAGAGAUGUCUACUUCCUCAGAAGCCACUUGAAGCACUUUCUACAAAAGAAACUCAGGGUACCGGUGAAGAGAUCCCAAUCGUGGACAUAGUUAAAUUGUUGCAAAACACUUCUAGUACACAUGCUGAUCAUUUGGAGCCAAAGUCGCUCUCACCUUCUUCCCAUCAAGUAGGUGAAACUCCUAUAGAGUCUUAUGUCACUACACCGUCCGAGGUUGCCCUUGCUAGUUCACUCACACAUUCGCAUGAGAUUAUGGAAGAAAUUCCAUCACCAAUUAUCAUUUUGGAAGGCUCUGGCGCUUCUGAAAAUGAGCAACCAAUUGGUCCUUCCACUCCUCUUACUCGUAACCAUCAACAAUUUCACAUGGAGCCGGAAAUUCCGCUCUCUUAUGGGAAAGAGAUUGGUGUUGAUGUAGUUGGAGAGACUUCUAGUUAUAACUUAACUAGAGGAGGAAGGCCAAUAAAACCAACCCAAAAAAUUCAAGAUAUGGAAUGGAUGAAGGUUAGUGGAAAAGGUAAACAUGGUCGACGUGGCCGAGGAAAUCACAUUCACUAA